CCCUCCCCAAAAUCAAUCCGCCACGCCACGAGCCCCCUCCUCCUCCCCCACGCCCUCCUGCUCUCCUCUCCCCAAUCGUCACCAGCUCCCCCUCUCUCUCUGGCCAUCUUCCCCGGCUUAUCUUGCGGUGCGGCGGCGACGACGACUUUUCACCGGUGAGUAGCGAAGACCCCGCGAGGCAUCAUGAGUGGAGGCGUCGAGCCGGAGACCCCACCGGGUAGCGCCGGCCGCGGCGGCAGCAGCAGCGGCAGCCCCAUGGCCCGCAAGCCGCCGCGCCACCAGCUCACGUCAAUCCGCCACUGCUCCAGCAGCGCCCGCAUCGCCGCCGCUUCCACAGAAUUCGUAACCACGCUGACUAUUCCCUCCAGCUCAUUGCCCAGCCAUUUCCUCAAACUAUUAUGGUGUUUUUCUUUCUUUUUUUUCUUUCAGGACCUGGAUUCGGGGGCACUCAGCUUGAUCUCACCCACGGACAUCCGGCCCGGCUUCCUGCCGGUGUUCCGGUCUGGGAGCUGCGCCAAUAUCGGGCCAAAAUCGUACAUGGAGGACGAGCAUGUUUGCAUCGACAGCCUCAACGAGCACCUCGGCUUGCGUACCCCUGGCAUCCCUGCACCGGGUGCUUUCUAUGGGGUGUUUGAUGGUCAUGGUGGUACGGAUGCAGUCUGUUUUGUUCGGAAGAACAUACUGAAGUUCAUAAUCGAAGAUGGUCACUUCCCCAACAGCAUGGAGAAAGCAAUCAAAAGUGCUUUUGUGAAGGCCGAUCACGCGAUUGCAGAUUCCCAUUCUCUUGACAGCAAUUCUGGAACCACAGCAUUGACGGCCCUUAUUUUUGGCAGGACAUUGCUUGUAGCAAAUGCAGGAGACUGUCGAGCGGUAUUAGGGAAGCGAGGACGAGCUGUUGAGCUGUCGAGAGACCAUAAACCCAACUGUAAGAGUGAAAAGCUCAGGAUUGAAAACCUUGGCGGCAUAGUCUUUGAUGGCUAUCUCAAUGGUCAGCUGUCUGUAGCAAGGGCAAUUGGUGAUUGGCACGUCAAAGGUUCCAAAGGCUCUAUAAGUCCUCUCACUGCGGAACCUGAAUUUCAGGAGGUUAGACUCACCGAGGAAGAUGAGUUCUUAAUAAUUGGAUGUGAUGGCCUUUGGGAUGUGAUGACCAGUCAAUGUGCGGUAUCGAUGGUCAGGAAAGAGCUGAUGGCUCACAACGAUCCAGAAAGAUGCUCAAGAGAACUUGUUCAGGAAGCGCUCAGACGAGACACUUGCGAUAACCUAACUGCAGUGGUUGUAUGCUUCUCAGCAGAUCCACCCCCUCAAAUUGAGGUCCCAAGAUUCCGGGUAAGAAGAAGUAUUUCGAUGGAAGGGUUGCAUAUGCUAAAGGGUGCUCUUGAUGGUAAUGCCUGAGCUCUUGACAGUAAUUUAUCUUCCCCCUGGUAACCUUUUUGUUGUAUGAUCUGCUAUUAUUUGUUGUUGUUCCUUGAAAGUUUUGCCCAGUUCUCUAAGCUAUAGGUCCCGGAAUAAGUCGUGUAGAAUCAUGUUCUAAAUUUUGUUGAGGUGUAGGCUAAUCAUUUUGCGGAGGCAAUGAUUUAUUUGUACCGGCUAGCGUUUGAUUGUUCGCGAUGUAACUGGGCAAUGCCCGGCAUUCUUAUUCUGGUACCAAUGACAGUUAUAAUAGCUGAUCAGUUUUGAGCAAUACUACUACUUUAGAGUUCCACUUGUCUAAA